AUUUCGAACAAAAAUAAUUUUCUUAGAAUACCAACAAAAUAGAUUUUUUAUUCCAUUCCAAACAAGACUGGCCCUAUAAAAUACAUAGAAUUAUAUGAGGUGACUUGAAACUAUCCUUCAAAAGUCUGAAGUCUACUUAUGACACAUGGUUGUUUUAAUGUUUAAUGUUGUGCGACCUACACAACUUUCAGAAUGUUGCGAGCGGUAUACCCUUACCCUGGUUCUUUCCCAGGAACUUUAAAGUUCUCUAAGAAUGAAAUUUUCUUAGAUAUUCGUGAAGUAAAUCAAGACUGGCGUAUGGUGUGUAAGACAGAUGGGACUUUAGGUUGCGUCCCAUCAGAUUUUGUCGAAAAAUACGAGACUGGGGAUCAAGACAUCAAAGUUGAGUUUGCUAAAAAUGCAUUAGCUAACUUGACUGAUAGAAUUCUAGAAAAUGUUGGGGGGAAGGGGGAUUUGCUUGAACGUUUGUUGCAGAUAAGAGGAGAAAAAGACAUGGAUACACCUGGUGAUGUGAAACCACCUGGAAACCUUUCUGAGCUAAGGAUAACUGAUCCUAAAAAACGUAUAACUCAAGCGGCAAUAGCAAAGUCUGAAGGAGAUAUUAUUUUACCAAAGAAUUUCGAAUACCGCCUACUGGACACAAUAAGACUAGCAACAAAUUGUUCUUAUUCAGAUUGUGGAUUUGUGUAUUCAGCAUUGAUGGGUAUGCUAUCCUGUGUAAUACCAGGUUUGAAAGAAAAUCUCCAAGCCGAUAAGAAGGAAAGAUCUGAUCAUCAAUUGGUUAUCUGCUAUCUUCGUGCAGUUGAAUACCGAUCAGUUCGUGCUCUUAUCGGUUUAUAUCAACGUGAAACAAAUCAAGAAAUACGCGCCAAAUUGCUCAGAUGUAUUGGAAUAUGUUGUUCUUUAGAUUCUGCUUGUAUUCAUAUCUGUCUUGAAUCAGUUCUUCCUAAUGAACUCAUUCGAGAAAUACGAUGCACAACACAACAGGAAAUUCCACAACUUGCUUUAAGAUUACGAUUUUUGUCCAUAUUGAUCGCUCGUUCACCAAGUCUUCCUGUGGAUUUAUAUACAUCUCUAGAUCGAGAACUUUUCAGUCAUUUGAUGAAAUUAUGCGAUUCAACGAGUUCAACCAGUUCAAAUUUAAUCGAUUUAGAAAAUUUUACUGAUCAUCGUGAACUCUCAACUACAAGCAAUAAUAAUAAUGCUGAUGCUAAUGAUGAUAGUGGUAAUAAUAAUAAUAAUAAUAAUAAUAAUAACAGCAACUCUAAUGAACAAAGUCGCCAGUGUGAAAUGUUUUCAUAUAGUGUAACAGUAUUUUUCUUAGCGUAUAAUUGGCAUUUUAAUAGUUCAGUCUACACAAUCAAUUCUCCGUGUAAAAAUGAUCUCGCUGAUUCUGUCUGUGUGAAAAGUCCUCUAUUGGAAGCAUUGCUCAGUGAAUCAAUAUCAUCUCGUCUAUUCCUUGAAAUAGUUAUUCAAACAUUCAAUCGUAAUUGUAAGUUGUAA